AUGAAACUAGUUAAAGGUUAUGGAGUAUUUAGCACUCCUGAGAACAAGUGUUGGAUUAAUCUGUGGCUUGAAAUUAAUUCUUCAGGUAGUAGUGGCAGCGUGGAAGAAACCACUUUACAAGCAGCCUAUGAAAGGCAGAACGUGACAGUUCCCCAUGUGUCAUAUUUCAUCAUUGUGGGAUUUUCAGGAUUGGAGGACUGGCCCUCAAGGAGCAUACUCUUCUCUGUUUUCCUUGUAAUUUACAUUGUGACGGUUGUGGAAAAUGUUACAUUUGUAUUAGUUAUCAAACUAGACUGCAGACUGCAUUCUCCAAUGUAUAUUUUUAUUUGUAAUCUAGCAAUUUUAGACAUCCUAAACCCUUCUGCAACUGUUCCUGAAAUGCUGUACUACACAAUUUCUAAUGACAAAUCAAUUUAUUUUGCACCAUGCUUUUUCCAAAUGGCAUUUUAUCUAGCUGUUAACAUAACAGAAGGCUUCACAAUUGUAGUCAUGGCUUAUGACCGUUACCAAGCAAUAUGUAAUCCUCUCUUCUAUCCCAGCAAAAUGACAAAUAUUUUUGCUAUUAAACUGGCUAUUUUAUCAUGGAUGCCUGGGACAGUUGUUGGGUUUCUUUAUAUUUACCUUGUUCACACAGUGUUUUUCUGUGGUCCAAAUAAAAUUAUGAAUUACUUUUGUGAUUACACUAUGAUCAUGGAAUUAGCCUGUUCUGAUGUUACUUUGCAGGUUAAAGUAUCCUUGCUUCAGAGUUUGUUAUUUUUAUCUGCUUUGAUCUGCUGUAUAACAUUUUCUUAUGUAAAGAUACUUAUAUCAGUAUUCAAGGUUGCUUCUUCAGAAGGUCGCUGGAAGGCAUUUUCGACCUGUGCCAGCCACCUCUUAGUUAUUGCUGUACACAUGUUGGUAUUGGCUUUUGUACUUAUUGCAUACAGAAUUCCAGGGUUUUCCUCAGAUGUUCUCACAUUAGCAUCUGUGCUACAAAAUGUCAUUCCCUCAUUAGUUAACCCUAUUAUUUACUGCCUAAAAACAACAGAAAUCAGAACCAGUUUCAUCAAAAUACUUAAAAGAAAUAUGGGUACAAAUAAAUAA